AGGGGCGUGUGAGAAGAAGGAUCUCCUCUGGUAACUGCUAGUGAGAGAAAGAGUUAUCUCUCCGGCGAAACACGUUCUACAAAUGUAGUAUUUCUUAGCCGAGCCCUUCACGCCCUUUGCUAACUGCCAAGAUACGGGACCAGAAUUCCAAGUCUAAAACACUACCUCUUUUUUUAUAGCAAACGAUACUGGCAGCUGCUGCCGAGAUAUUGGAACCAAAACAACUUAUGCACCGGGAAUCAAAUUACAGAGCCCCAAGCACUGGCACCGGCCCUCAGAAAGCUGCAGAGUUGGGAGUGAGCGCAGUGCAGCACAAUGGAAACUUUCUCAGUGUUCCCCUCCUGCUGAGCCCCAGAAAAAGGAAGCUCCUUCCACUGAGUUCAACCCCAGACUGAAUGCUCAGCUUCCUUCUUGCUGCUGCUGCUGCUGCUCUCACAUGGGGACAUAUCCCUGACUGCACAGAGAGAGACAAUAACAUCACUGAGACUGCACCGGGGGAGUUAACAUCACUGUGUGACUGCUCAGAGGGACUGUAACAUCACUGAGACUGCACCAGGGGAGUAAGAUCCCUGUGUGACUGCUCAAAAGGACCGUAACAUUACUGUGUGACUGCUCAGAAGGACAGUAACAUCACUGAGGCUGCAUAGAGAGACAGUAACAUCACUGAGACUGUACCGGGGGAGUAAACAUCACUUUGUGACUGUUCAGAGGGACCGUAACAUCACUGAGACUGCACUGGGGGAGUAAGAUCCCUGUGUGACUGCUCAAAGGGACCGUAACAUUACUGUGUGGCUGCUCAGAGGAACAGUAACAUCACUGAAACUGCACCGGGGGAGUAACAUCACUGUGUGAAUGCACAGAGAGAGCUAGAGUAACAUCACUGUCCGGGUCAGAGAGACAUCACAAGCUGAAUAACACCACUUACUGCACAGAGAACGAGUAACAUCCAGCAUGAGAGUAACUUCUUACUGACAGUACGAGGAGGGUCACAUCACUCAAACUGCUGGAGUAGAGUAACAUCCCUGGCUGUACUAGUGGAGAGAGUUGCACCAGGCACAGUGUAUUGGAUCUGGAGGAGACUUUGCAUUAACUGCAUGGUCAGGUAGAGAUCCACGGGGGGCAUCUCACUGGCACGGGUGCAAAAAGUGGCACCGAUUGGAGACCAGGGAACAAAGGUUGUGGAGGGGAAGAGCAAGAGCAGAUGACGACACCUCUACCUCUUUAACUGCCAAUUACUUCACAGGAAGAGGUACCCACAGGAGACACAACACUGCUGAUUUGUUUAUGGAGGUUUGGGCAAGAGCCCAGAAAAGCUUUCUUCAGUUGAGCGUUCCAGGCAAUGCUGUUCUGAAAGAGGAUCUUUUGGGAACCCCGCAUGUAAGCCUCCAGUGCAGAGACACCUCCUCACACUACUAUGGCUGUAUUUUGUUAUGCCUUGAAUAGUUUGGUGAUCAUGAAUAACAACAAUGUGAAUACAGGCAGUGUCAGUGUGACUAAGUCUAGCCCUAGUUGCCAGAGACCAGUGCUGCCUGUACCUGAUAGACGGAGUGCCUAUUACCCGGCGAGCCCAUCUCUUCCUCCUUGUAGCCCUGGUCCCUCCAGCCCUGGGUGCUCUCCCAAGAACAACAGCUCAAGUGCUUUUAUUUUCCCUACGGAAGAGCAAGAUCAACUCACAUUGAGAAGUUGCAGCCCAAGCUGGAAAAGGAGAGACAGAAAAAUUUCAAGAGGCGACCGCAGUCCUUCUCCUGUAAGGCUUCCUGGAGGCCACGUGGGAGAAACAGGGUCUUUGAUAGCCUCACGUUCCAGGACAUUGUCAGAACUUGGACAAGGCUCAAGUUCAGGAUCUGGAAUGGGUCAGGGGUCAUGGUUAAUGGAAUCUGAAGAGAAGAGACGCCUUUCUCGGAUUCAAAGGGAACUUCAGAAUGUGCAGGUCAAUCAGUAUGUGGAGCUUUUUGAAGCCCAUAUUCAAGCCCAGAAUAGUCCCACAUCCCCGUUGCUUUACAGUCCCCGAAUGGGCAGUAGGUCCCCAUCACCUUUACGCAGAAUCAGAAGAGAAGAGACAGCUUUUAACUUUGGACUAGAAACACGCCGCAGGUUGUCCUGCUCAAGCCAGGAAGAAUCAUCAACAGCUCCUCCAUCACCAAUGGUGAUUUCUCCAUAUAUAUAUAACAGUGCACCAUACACAGGAGAACUGUUCAACCCUUCUCUCCAGGUGAAUGACUUUGAAAAACCAAACUCACAUGGGAAUGCAAAUCCAGGACCUAUACCUGCUGUCAUUGUAACUGACCAUGGAGAAGACAGUGAAGAACAGGUGGAAAGAAUAAACCUAGAUACCAAUCCAACAUUUUUACCUAGGAAACUGUCAUCCUCUUCUGCUUCCUCUACUGGCUUUUCUUCCUCUUGGGAUGAAUCGGAGGAUGAUAUUUCCAGCGACCCAGAGAAAUCCCCAGAGAAGAGCACUCCUUUCUUGCAGACUAUCGAGCAACCUAAGCCUCGGGUGAGCAAAUCAUGGCGGAAGAUCAAAAACAUGGUUUACUGGUCGUCGCCAUUUGUCAUGUCCUUCAAGAAGAAGUACCCAUGGAUACAGCUUGCAGGGCACGCAGGUAGUUUUAAAGCUGCAGCCAAUGGGAAGAUCCUUAAGAAACACUGUGACUGUGAGCAGCGUUGCCUCAGCCAGCUGAUGAAUGAUGUUCUAAAGCCCUAUGUUCCGGCCUAUCAUGGUGAUGUGCUGAAAGAUGGAGAGAGGUACAAUCAAAUGGAUGAUCUGCUCUCGGAAUUUGAAAGCCCUUGCAUUAUGGAUUGCAAGAUGGGUGUCAGGACUUAUUUAGAGGAAGAGCUGAUGAAAGCCAGGAAGAAACCCAGCCUCAGGAAAGAUAUGUAUCUCAAGAUGACUGAGGUGGACCCAGAAGCCCCAACAGAGGAGGAGAACCAGCAACGUGCCGUCACCAAGCCCCGGUACAUGACAUGGAGAGAGACCAUCAGUUCCACGUCUACUCUUGGCUUUCGUAUUGAAGGCAUCAAGAAUGAGGAUGGCACAGUGAACAGAGACUUUAAAAAGACCAGAACGCGAGUGCAACUGAUGGAGGCAUUCAGAGGUUUUACUAAAGGAAACCAAAAGAUUUUAAAGUUGUACCUAGAGCGCCUGGAGGACAUGAGUGCCAUGCUGGAGAAGUCUCCUUUCUUUGAGACCCAUGAGGUGAUUGGAAGCUCCUUGCUGUUUAUCCAUGAUAAGAAGGAGAAUGCCAAGGUGUGGAUGAUAGACUUUGGUAAAACCACUCCACUGCCAGAGGGGGAAGUCCUAACCCAUCGGAAGUCCUGGGUGGAAGGAAAUCGAGAGGACGGUUACCUGUGGGGACUGGAUAAUUUGAUUAACAUCCUAACGGAGAUGGUGAGAGAUGGAGAGAAAGAAGAAGACAAAGAAGAAGACAAAGAAGAAGAAAAAGAAUCACAUUAGAGGCAGUACUAUCCCCAGGAAUGACACUCUAGGAACGCACUACAAGUCACUUUCUGGACCACAUCUAUUUAUGACCUUGUAGGAUGGACUGGAAUGUACCACUCCUCCAGCAGCUGCACGGGAGGCCAGAAAACAUACUAAGCUAUUUUACACAUUUUCUGUCCUUUUUAGAUCUUGUACAUAGUUUCUUACCAGAACAAAAAAAGGACUAUGCUUGUUUUUAAUAUA